UGUGUGUGUGUGUGUGUGUGUGUGUGUGUGUGUGUGUGUACUUAUCCUACCGACCAAUAGGGGACUAUGGGUUGAUUGCACACCAACCAAUAGGGGACAAUUGACUGAGUGGGGACCUAAAACCAUAGUCCCCACCAGGAUAACAGCUAUACAUGAUAGCAGCUGUCAUGCUAACAUACCUAGCAUCAAUAUCUCUGAAAGUUUUCAUCGUCCCCAAAAGUUCUGAUUUUGUCCGAAUGUGUGUGUGUGCUGAAGAUCGAAGCUUAGGAGUGAGACACCUUUGGUCAGUGGCUGUAUUGCAGGUGUGUAAACUAUGCUGCAGGCUCCACCCCAAUGACAUUGUCUGAAGUCAGGUUCCGCCCACAGAAGUGGGCAUUGUCACAUGAUGUAUCAGGUGACCAUAAGCCACCAAGAAACCAGGAAAAGACAGUUACUGGAGAACAGCAAAGGAAGUUUACCCAUAGGCUAAGGUUACUAGCCUAUUAGACAUGGUGAAACCAAGCUUAUUACCUCUAUAUUGCCAUAUUCAACAGAAUCUCCAUAAAAAGCCUGUUUCAAAGUUGUGUUUUAUCUAUGGCCUAUGAUAAACCUGGUUUAACGGGUCAACUAACUUUAAAGUUUGCCUAGAUUUGUGUGUUAACGCCACUCCUUCCAGCAACAUGGCCAUCUUAGUUUAAUUUUCAUGUCAUUGAUUACUUGUUUGCACAAAUUAAUGAGUGAUUGUUCAACAUAGGCUUCAAGUAGGCUACUUUACAGGCCUAGCCUACUAUUACUAGAGUAUUACUAGAUUACUACACGUUUGAAAUCGUCUGUGUUACGUUCGCUAAUUGCAUAGUAUUUAAGCACUUCUCGACUAAUGUCCCCAUACAGACUAUAGGACACCCCUCCCCCCAACAUUUUGGCGGUUUGGCUGCACUCCCUUUUCCACUCUCGCACUCCCGGUCUCAUCAGACUCAAGUCCCCAAAUAGACUAUACGAACGGAUCCCCCCACCCCACCCCAGAUGCUUUUGGCGGGCUCAGUUUUACAACUAGGCUAUAUCAGCACUUUUUGUAUUCCAUAGGUUUAGUCUAAAACAUUUCUAAUUGAUGAUACCGGAAUAUAAACAAUUAAAUUAAUGAAAAUAAAAAUGUAUUAAUUUCGGUUAUUUUAUUUCAAACAACGCAAGAGAUUCACGUCCAAUCAGCAGCGAUCUAUCCCACAACGUCUUUCUUCUACAACAAGAAGUACUUUGACAAGCGCCAUUUUGAUGAAACCAGGAGUAGGUGAAACGUGGAGGAGAGGACACGUGUGUGCUGUAAAUAUAUUACUUGUUGAACAUGUGAAAUGACAAGUACCAUCUCGGAGAGGUUCUUAAAACGAAUUUUAGUUUUGCGCCAGCAUCACUCAAAGUGUGAAUCCCUCUAUGAUAAAAUGGCAACCAUGGGGAAGCAGGAGAGCGAUGCAGAAUCGGGAUACAAAACGGAAGGCCCAAAAAGAACAACAAAAGUACGAAAUAACAGUGCUUCAGAAUUAGUUCCAGAGCUACAGCGAACGGAAAGUGUGUUUCUCACAAAAGAGAUGCUGGGCAUUCCAAGGGAUUCUUUGCCCAGCAGUGAAGAUAGUGGCAGUGAGGACGAUUAUGUUCCGGACUCAAAUAGCAGCAGCUCAGAGGAGCCCAGUGAUGAGGAACCUGCAAAGAAGGUCAGGCCCAAAGUUUCUUCUGCCAAGUCCAGUGAUGAGAAACCUGCAAAGAAGGUCAGGCCCAAAGUUUCUUCUGCCAAGUCCAGUGAUGGCACAACAGCAACAACAUCCUUUUCUGCCACUGACAAUGAGAAGUCUUCAAGUGAGUCAGUAGUUGUAAUGAAUGUGAAAAAGAAAUCAGAUGGGUCAAGGGCCUACAGCAAAAGGCAUUUUUGUCUUUUUUGUUCAAAGCCUUAUGCAAAAAUGGCAAGACACUUGGAACAUGUACACAAAAAUGAAGCAGAAGUAGCUGCAGCUGUUAGAUUCCCCAAAAAUUCAAAAUCAAGAAGAAUUCACCUGGACCUUCUGCGCAAAAAAGGAAACCGGGCACACAACAUUGACGUGAUUCGUGAAGGCUCUGGCGUGAUAGUUCCUUGUAAACAAACAAGUGACAGUAAUAUCAAUCCUAACGAUUUCCUGCAUUGUUUAAGCUGCCAAGGGCUUUUCAAGAGAAGGUUUCUUUGGAAGCAUAUGAAAAGGUGCACUCUGGCUAGACAGUGUGGGGUACUCAAACCUGGCAAAAACAGAAUACAAUCACUCUGUGCAAACGCUCAACCUGUACCAGUGGGAGUAAGUGCUAAGUUAUGGAAGCUCUUAAGUGAAAUGAGUCAGGAUGAUGUUACCCAUGCCGCUAAAAAUGACGUGUGCAUUGUAAAGAUGGGAGAGCAAAUGUUUAACAAAAUUGGCCAUGAUCCUUCAAAACACGAAUACAUUAGGCAAAAGAUGAGGGAGGUUGGAAGACUGCUGUUAGCAGGUACACAGGAAUCCCCAAUGAAGACAAUGGAGGAUUUCAUUCUUCCGUCGAACUUUCCACAUGUUGUGAAUGCUGUGAAGGAUGUAGCAGGCUUUGACAGUAACUCCAAUUCUUUCAAAAUACCUUCACUGGCUUUAAAAUUAGGCCACAGCUUGCAGAAGAUUGCGAGCAUUAUUGAAUGUAAUGCAAUGAUAUCGGGGAAAAAGAAAAUUGUUGAAAAUGCACAACACUUCAAACAAAUUUACCGAACAUGCUGGAAUGAAAAUGUUUCCUCAUCUGCACUGAAAACACUUUCAGAAGCGAAGUGGAACACCCCACAACUGCUGCCAUUCACUGAAGAUGUUAAAAAAAUGCACAUGUACAUGGAUCAAAAACAAAAAGAAGCAUACCAACAGCUAACAAACGAGGAAUCAUCAAGGAACUGGGUUGAUCUAGCUGAGGUAACCCUCGCUCAGCUUAUACUGUUCAACCGUAGAAGAGAGGGGGAGGUGUCAAAAAUGCGCCUAACUGCCUUCACUGAAACUGAUGUGCCAUUGCAUGCAGAUGUAGCUGAGGCUCUAACUGCUCUAGAGAAGAAGCUGUGUGAACACUUCAAAAGGAUUGAAAUUCGUGGGAAGAGAGACAGGAAGGUCCCUCUACUGCUAACCCCAGCAAUGCAGGCGUCCAUGGAAUUGUUAGUGAAGACUCGUGCAUCCUGUGAGGUUCUCGAAAAUAACAUCUAUUUUUUUGCCAGACCUAGACAAGAAACGUUUAUUCGAGGCUACAAGUGCAUUCACCAGUUUGCAAAGGAGUGCCAAGCCAAAUACCCAGAGCGCUUAUCCUCUACGAAAUUAAGGAAACAUGUAUCCACACUUUCCAAGGUUUUGAACCUCAAAGAUACAGAAAUGGAUCAAUUGGCUGAUUUUUUGGGCCACAACAUCGCAGUCCACCGCAAGUUCUAUCGUCUGCCAGAAGGAACACUACAACUGGCUAAAGUUAGUAAAGUCCUGAUGGCCAUGGAAAGAGGGUGCUUAAUGGACUACAAAGGAAAGAAUUUAGAUGAAAUUGAAAUUGAUCCCAAUGAAACAAUUCCAGAGGAGAGUGACCAUUCAGAAAGCGAACUGACGGACGAAGAACUAAGCCCACCUUCUACAUCCUACCUACCUUCAGCUGCUAAGAAACGCACUUCAAAGAAGAAACAGUGCAUGCAAUCAGAGGAAGAGUCCGAGGAUCCAGGUUCAGCUGCUAAGAAACGCACUUCAAAGAAGAAACAUUGCAUGCAAUCACAGGACGAGUCCGAGGAUCCAGGUUCAGCUACUAAGAAACGCACAUCAAAGAUGAAGAGCCAAAGUAAAUGUGAUGAAAUGAACUCCGAUGUUCCAGAUGCAGCAUCCAAGACAUCCUGCCGCAAGAGAAGACCAUGGAGUCAAGAAGAAAUCCGCGCUGUUGAGAAGACCCUGAUGAAAUUUAUCACUACAGGCAGAACUCCUGGGAAGGCAGACUGCGUUUCUUGUAUCAACUCAGCACCUGAAGCACUUAAGUUCCGUGACUGGAUGUCAGUUAAGUUUUAUGUCAAAAAUCGUUGUGUGUCCUACCAAAGAACCACACAGACCCUUUUAUAGCAAUUUGAUAAGAAUGAGUUUGGGGGUGGGAGAUGGGAAUGUGUUCAGUUUUCUUAACAGGGCUUGAGCAUUUCAGAGGACCACACAAUACAUGCCCUGUACUUACACAGUAUUCUUGUUUAUAUUUUAUGUUGGCAGAGGGUCAGCAAUGUUUUUGUCAUUGGUAUUACAGUACAUGCACUUUAUUUUAACAGUACUUAAAUGAUUUUAGGUUGGGAGAGGGUCAAUUGUGUACUUUCGUUGUUAAUACUACAUGCUCAUACAAACAGGCUUUAGAGGAAAAUUAAUGAUGCUCAUGAUUGUAAUAAUGUUGAAGUGUAAAGAGUUGCGUGUGAGAAGAAGGUACGUUGUAUCCUUGUUGACGAGGUUCGUUAAAAAUAUUCUGACAACACAAUUUUUUUAUUCAUUUUAAUAUUUCUUUUAUUUUCAUUAUUCACUUGGUAUCUGCAAUGCCUGAGUAGAUAUUUUAUAUUGAGAAGGUAUCUGCUUUUUCACAUGGUGUUGACUGUAGCAUUACUAGCACUUUCAGAAAUAAUGUACGCUAAUAACUAUCACAACAAUCUACCUCAUAACGUUCUAAUGAAGUGUGGUUGUGCAUUCUGGCACUGUGUUAAGCAGCCAAUAAAUGUGUUGAUUGCUACUAA